AUGGAAAGUUUACCUGUUUGGGAACCUGGUGAGGAACUGGCCAACUGUCUUUCACAUGCUGUUAUGGUUCCUAUCACAAUUUAUUUAACAACUUACCUAAUUAAGCAACAAAUGAAAGUUCACGAUAGAGUCAAUAUUUUUGGUGUUACAGUAUAUGGAUUAUGCGUUCUUUUCCUCUUUUUAAAUUCAUCAUUAUAUCAUGGGUGUACAUACGAACCUGUUAAACGGGUUUUAAGAUACAUUGACCAUUGUACAAUUUUCUUCCAAAUUGCUGGCUCCUAUACUCCAUGUGUAUUAUAUGCUAUGAGAACAUAUACAGGAAUUGCUCUUCUUAUAUAUAUUUGGGUAUUUGCUGUAAUAGGUAUCGUUUCAAAAAUCUUUUUCUUCGAUAAAAUAGAAGGCACUUACAUUUAUCUUGCAAUGGGAUGGAGCAUCAUUGUUUGUAUCAAAGAGUUCAACAGAUCGUUUGAUUUUUCGCAGAAAUUAUGGAUUGCUUUAGGCGGCGUUAGUUACUCAAUCGGCUGUAUCUUUUUCGAGAUUGAUAAGCCAUUUUUCCAUUUAAUUUUCCACUUCUUCAUCUCUGGAGGAGCUCUUUGUCAAUUCUACGCAAUCUAUCUACUUGGUGAAAGAUUCUUAAAUAACUAUAAUAAAAAGGAUUCGAAAAAAUAA